GCCGUCUUCGAGCACCUGUCGUGAAUCACCGCACAUUUUCGCGGUGGGCUCCUCCGGGAUUGCCACGUCUAUCGGGCUUUGCGUUCACUCAGGCUGCUUCUGUACACCUGUGCACACUCUAUAGCAUCUUUCAGUCGCAGCUGACGUGAAGUCAGCAUUGUAGACGAGCGCUAUGUCCGGGAACGCGCUACUUAUAACAGGCGUCACGGUUGUCGUGAUUUACGGCCUAUGGCAUAAAUUGGGCGGCAGGAAACAACCGUUUGUCACACUGAACGCAUCAGACUCUGCCGUUCUGCCCAGGAACAGCGAACGACGCGGUGCUGAGUCCGAGCUGCCCUUUGCCAAGCUCAUUCGCGACAAGGUUCCAGCGCUUGCUCCAGAUGCCACGUUCAACGGCGUGUGGUGGUUACCAGGAGGAGACGCGCAGACGAUGUAUUGCUCUGUCGGGGACUUCAGCAAGGUCGACCCGGUCGUCUAUGAGAGGAAGUUCCUGCAGCUCCCCGACAAAGGCAUCGUCGCAGUCGAUAUCUCGCCCCCGCUCUCGAGCGUGCCCAUCUCCCCGCGCGAGAACGUCCUGCUCGUGGCGCACGGGCUCACUGGGGGCUCCCACGAGCCGUAUGUCCGCGCGGUGCUCGCGCGCGCGACCCCGGGCGCAGGCGCGGGCGGGCUCGGCACCAGGGCGGUCGUGCUCAAUUUCCGCGGGUGCAACGGCAGCCCCGUGGUGACUCCGCGGCUGUACCACGCAGGGUCGUCGGACGACGUCCGGCACGUCGUGCUCUGGAUAUGCCACACGUUCCCGGAGUGCCGCAUAUUCGGGAUCGGAUUCUCCCUGGGGGCGAACAUCCUUGCGAAGUACGCGGGCGAGGAGGGCGCGCGGUGCCCGCUGCAGGCGCUGAUCACGCUCGCGAACCCGUGGGACUUCGUCGCCGGCUCGCAUCACCUCCCGGGUACGUUCCUCGGCCGGCAUGUGUACCGCUGGGUGCUCGGGGACGCUCUGCGGCGACUCCUGCGUAUGCACGGGAAGGUGCUGCUCGACGCGGCCGCGGACCUGCCCGUCGCGCGCGGUGUGCUGGAAGACGUCUUCACGCGGCGGAGCAUCACGCUCCGGGAGUACGACGUGCUGGUCAACGCGCCGCUAUACGGAUUUGAGAACGUGUACGACUACUACUCGCGCAUCAGCUCAGUGAAGGUCGCGGGGGAUAUCUGCGUACCGUAUCUGUCUAUCAACAGCGCCGAUGACCCCAUCACGGGCACUGGAGAGCUCCGGAGGCGCGAGAUUCACGACAACCCUUGGAUAGCGCUAGCCGUUACUCGGACGGGUGGCCAUCUGGGGUGGUUCGAGUACGGCCCAGACGGCGGGAUUACCCGCUGGUACGUCAAGCCGGUGCUGCAAUUCCUGGAGGCAUUGAUAGAGUACGACCUUGCAGACAGGCCGAAGCCGCGCGGCGUUAACGUAGAGGGAACCGAUUUCGUGCGCGACCCUGAGCGCGAUGACGUCGGCUUCCGGGUGCUGUCGCAGGAGCAGUCCGAGCUCGUCGUGAGCGGCGUGGAGGUCUCGAAGCUCUUUUCCGGGUGGUGAUUUCGGUCCCGGAGAGCGCCCUCAUUAGAGCUAUUGACCAUCAUCUAGAUUCUUAUAUUGGAUGGUUAUUCGACAACGUUUACGUCCUG